GAGCACUCGGUCAGAAGCGUCGGCAGCGCCCUGGAGAGCCUCCACAUCGAGCACGAGUCGACCCUCAACUCGCUCGAGUCACUCAACUCAGUCAACUCGAACGACCGACUCGUGGACGAACUCAAGCUUGCGGGAGAUGACGAUCAGCCAGCUGCGGACACGUGUUCUCCAGCUGGAAAAGGACAGGCUGGACAAGGUGCCUCUAGAUGCUGCCAAGGAGAUCAACCGACUCAAUAAUAACUUGAUUCAGCUAGAGAAACAACGCGACGAGCUCACGCGCUCACAAUUUCACCCUCAAGUCCAGCUCUACGUAGCCAGCAAAAUCCACGACCCGGCAGCGACGUUCCAAGUUAAUAAAGACCCCCCAGUAAGUCUCAAAGAAAACGGAAGCCUCAAGGAAAACGGGAAUCUCAAAGAAAAUGGGAACGCCAAAUCCAAGACCUCGACGGACGAUCCCGACGUCGUCAAAGUCCUCCGAAAAGCGACUUACAAAGUCUCGGGAGACACCCAGAAACUCCGUCAGCUGUGCACCGAGUUCGAUGCCAAGGAGGAGGACUACAAGAAGCGCAUCCACGACCUGGAGACCGAACUCAGGAACCACCAGAACGAGAGCACGAAGACACACGACCGAGAUAUAAGGGAGAUGGAGAACAGGAUGGAGCUAGUGGCGCAGAAACUCGAGGCAGCCGAAAGGUACAUGGCCGGCAAGGAGGAGGAAUGCAACAUGCUCAAGUUGGACCUCGACACGCUCAACGAGGAGAACAAGAGGCUCAAGGAGAACCUCAAUGAUAUGAUGUUGAAGCUACAGGACUAUGAAGAAAUACUGGCACAGAAGAAAACCCUGAACGAGCAAUACUCCCGCAUUUUGGAAGAACAUCGAGUGCUUUCUGAAGACUUCAACCGAGAAAGGGUUCUCAGGAAGAAGUACUAUAACCAGGUGGAGGAAAUGAAGGGCAAGAUCCGCGUCUUCUGUCGCGUGCGGCCGAUCACCGAGUCCGAACGGCGGCGCGGCAGCAGCGGCAGUAGCGGGAGUAGCGGCGGCGGCGGGGCGGGCGAUGCGUCGAUAGUGGUGAGCGCGGAGGACGAGUACUCGGUGAGCUUGAACACCCAGCGCGGAGGUCAAAGGUCAUUCCUGUUCGACAGGGUGUUCCAGGAGCACGAGGACCAGGAGGCCGUCUUCAGGGAUACGCACGCCCUGGUUCAGUCCGCUCUCGACGGGUACAAUGUCACCAUCAUGGCCUAUGGGCAAACCGGCUCCGGGAAGACCUACACCAUGUUGGGCACGCCUGAGGAACCCGGCAUCGCGCCCAGAGCAUUCACGAGGCUCUUCCAACUCCUGGACGAAGGGCGCGCCCGGCAGGAGGCAGCCGUGUCGACGUAUAUGUUGGAGUUGUACAACGAUAAGCUGAUCGAUCUUCUCAAGCCGGCGGUCGGAGCGGAUACUGACCGCCUGGACAUCAAACGCGACAAGAAGGGCGCCGUGCACGUGCAGGGGGCCGCCGUCCGCAGCGUGUCCUCCGCGAGCGAGCUGAACAGGGCCUUCAACGAGGGACUGGCCAACCGACACACCGCGGCCACCAAGAUGAACGUGGAGAGCUCGAGGUCGCACCUGCUCAUCGCCGUGUGUCUGAGCAUCACCUCCAAGCAGACAGGCUCCGUGCUGCGGGGAAAGCUGACCUUGGUUGACCUGGCCGGAAGCGAGCGGGUCAGCAAGAGCGGCGCGUCGUCGGAUCAGCUGAAAGAAGCGAAUUCCAUCAACAAGUCUCUCUCGGCUCUCGGUGACGUCAUCUCCGCGCUGUCUUCGGAAUCAUCGUUCGUUCCUUAUAGGAACAGCAAGCUCACCAUGCUCCUUCAGGACAGUCUGGGAGGAACAGCGAAGACCCUGGUGUUCGUCAACGCCUCGCCAGCUGCUUACAAUGCGGACGAGACUCUCAUUUCUCUCAUGUAUGCAACAAGAAUAAAACAAAUUACAAACAACGUAUGUAAGAAUGCAGACAACAAAGAAAUAACGAGGUUAAAAUCGGUCAUCAGUAAAAAAAAGGGAAGAGAUUGACGAGGA